AUGUCCAAGCUCUCCACCGCGACACUGACAGCGCCCUCGCCCCGCCCGGGGGCCAGCAUCCCGUCCACGCCGGGCCCCAGCCGCCCCGAGUCGAUCGAGAUGGGGCCCAUCAGCGGCCCGAGCACACCCGCCGACGAGGACGCCGCCGCCGCCGCCGCUGCUGCUGCCGCGAGCCUGCGCGAGUCGAACAUCCGCUCCGUCAUCAUCUGCGUCUCGUCGUUCCUCCUCGUAUUCACGACAUGCGGCACCGUCUUCUCGUUCGGCAUCUACCAGGAGCUAUACCAGACCAUGUCGCGUGAGCCGGGCAACCCGUUCUCUGGCGCGUCGCCCGCCGCGAUCGACGUGAUUGGCACACUGUCAGUCGCGUUCAUGACGAUCGCCGCGCCGCUGGCGACGGCGUGGACCAAGCGCUUCUCCCCGCGCAUUGUCAUCUCGCUGGGCACGGCCUUCUUCUUCCUCUCGGCCAUGCUCGCGUCCUUCUCUACCAGGCUCUGGGAGUUCAUCCUCACCCAGGGCCUCAUGGCCGGACUCGGCACCUGCUUCGCGUACAUGCCGGCCGUGACGGUCGCGCCGACGUGGUACGGCCCGCGUCGUGGCCUCGCCCUCGGCAUCAUCAUGUCGGGCACGGGCGUUGGUGGGCUGGUGUGGGCGCCCGCGCUGCAGGCACUCAACGCCGCCGUCGGGUUCCGCAACGGCUUGCGAAUCUCAGGUGGCAUCUCGACGUUCUUGCUGCUCAUCGGCGGCAUCUUCAUCGACUGGGACCCCGUGUCCAAGGCCCGGCUCGAGGCCGAGAACGCACGGCUCAAGACCGCAGCGGGCAAGUCGUGGAAGUACAGCCUCGUGUCGCUGUGGAACGUGCCGCUUGUCGACUGGCGUAUCGCCCGCUCGUCCAAGUUCUCGGCGCAGCUCUUCGCGUCCUUCCUCCAGUCGGCGGCGUACUACACGCCCGUGUUCUUCUUCUCGGCGUAUGCCAAGACCCUCGGCUACUCGGCCAAGCAGGGCGCAAACUUCAUCGCCAUCAACAACGCAUGUAACGCCAUCGGCAAGAUUGCAUUUGGCAUGAUCGCCGACAAGUUUGGAAGGAUCAACAUGCUUCUCUUCACGACGGUAAUCAGCGCCAUUGCGAGCUUUGGCUUCUGGAUGCCCUCGACACUGGUGCCCUCGCUCGCGUCCGGCCAGGGGCUAUUCAUCACCUACACCAUCACGUACGGCAUCUUUGCGAGCGCAUACGUCUCGCUCUUCCCCACGUCGCUGGUCGAGCUCUUUGGCCCGCAGAACUUUGCAUCCGUCAACGGCAUCCUCUACAUGGCAAGAGGACUUGCCACCCUUGUCGGCACGCCGACAGCCGGUGCCCUCCUCCGUGGCUCAGAGCAUCUCACGGACCCGAGCGGCUACCUCCACAUGGCUAUCAUGGUCGGGGCGCUACUGGCUGGCGCCAGUGUCGGUGUUGUCUGGGUUCGGAUGGAGUGGAAGCGUGGACCGUAAGCGCUGAGGACCACAGUAUGACAACGUGUAUAAUAUGUACUUGUACUAUGGCAUUGCAUUGCUCGAGAA